UUUGCGCCAAGGGGUGUGUCAUUCAUCCAUUUAAACAUAUGUCACGCUUCCCUUUGCACAAGCGUCGGCUGAAGCGUGUGGAGAGAAAUCGCACAGUGAUCACAACCUGAUAGUUGAACACACCCGACAGAACAAGCAUGGAGAAGAUUAAUCAGGCCCAUCUUAACAAGAGAAGCUACUACCACAUUCCUCAAAUUACGUCAUACGCUUACGUCACCUUGCACGAGGCGUUCGACAUCACAGCACAACUAUAUCCCACCAAAAAUGCCGCCGUUUUUUACCAGACCCGAGAGCAGCGAGAGAGUAUGACAUUUUCUGAACUAAAGAAACAGUCCAUCUCAUUGGCCGAGUCACUCCGUCGCCGUGGUUACUCACGUGGCGACCGCGUGGCAUUUAGCUCGCCGAACUGCAUUGAGUUUUUCCCGCUCACUUUGGCUUUGUCUCGUCUAGGAUGCAACAUGUUCAUGUUGAGCAAUUUGAACAACCUUUGCGAUGACGUGCUGGAAUACAAAUGCCGCGCUUUAAUGUUGUACGUGGGAAAUGAUAAGGAGAGGGAAAUAUACAGAGAAAUCGCCUCCAGGGUACCUCAAGGGACCAACCCAUUGAGCGACAUCGUCGUUUUUGGACCUUACGGCGACGAUGUUCUUGGGACUGGUGCUUCGCUAAACAAUCUAAUCAAGGGAGAAGAAAAUGUCACCCCGAUAGAUGGAGCAGCGGAACAAGUCGACCCAGACGACCCUAUGUGCGUCUUCUUCACGUCUGGUUCCACUGGGAAGCCGAAAGGCAUUCAGUUGACCCACAAUGCCUACAUCAACUGGGCCCGAAUGGACGUGGCGUCUUUCGCAGGCGCUGACAGCGUCUUAUUUAACGACCGCCCGAUGACCUGGUUAGGUGGACACGGACUGAUUAUGGAAAUGGCCGUCUGCGGGACAACCGCUCUCACUGUCAGCUCCAGUCUCGUUGUCGCGGAAGGAGAGGUGGACUUCGUCUUCACCAUCUUGAAAAGAGAGAGUGUCACCAACACCGUUAUGAUGCACUAUUUCAUCGUGGACCUUUUAAACUACAGUGAUGCCGUUUCGUUCUGUCAGGUACCCAGUCUUCGCUAUAUCGUAACGGGCGGGCAGGUGAUGGACAGAGAUCAGCUUAAGAAGCUCCUGACCCUCUUCCCUAACAUCAAACAGAUCACAGUCGGGUAUGGAUCCACCGAUGCCGGACCGAUCGCCCUGCAGGACGUGACGUAUGACACCAGAAGUGACAAAAUGCAGGUGAUAGAUGGCGUUGAAGUGAAAGUCGUUGAGCCGGACACCAAUCGCGAUGUACCUCCUGGGUCCGCGGGUGAAAUUUGCGUCCGUAACCCCAUGAUUUACCGCUGCCUUUACAUGGACAACGAGGCGGCUUCCCAGGCAGCGUUUGACGAGGCGGGCUGGUUCCAUACCGGUGACAUCGGCACCAUGACCACCGACGGUCAACUCUCUGUCUCGGGCCGCAAGGACGAUAUGAUUAAACGGGCGACUGUCAAGGUCUUCCCAGCCGAAGUAGAGGCCGUCAUCGCUCAAAACCCAGCCGUUAAAGACGUCAUCGUGGUAGGUGUACCAGAUAUCCGGUUACGAGAGGAGCUCUGCGCAUGCGUUAUCAUGGAGAGCAGCGGGGAUGUAGAGGGACUGGAGAGUUGGUGCAAGAAAAAGUUUUCUGUGGGGCCGGAUGGCUUGUCACUGGCGCCGAAGUAUUAUCUUCAGUUCGAAGAAUUCCCUUUAACAGGCACCGGAAAGACGCAACGAAAGUCUAUAAGAGAAAAAGCUUUAGAGAAACUGAAAUUAUGAGAAGUUACUCUGUACAUGUAGAAUAAUUGACUAAAAGCAUCUAAUUAGGGGGGAAAUUUUGAUGAGUUAUAAUUGUUUGGAAAAAGAAAUAGUUAAUGACAAAGGACACAUUUCAGGGAAAAAAAACAUAGGUACUGUACGAGAAAAAGAAAAAAGAAAUGUGUGAUGAAGACAAAUGGUCUUUAAUUAUAUUGGAUAGUUUCGCUAUAGUGUAUUUGCAAAUUCAGUAGAAUUAUGGAGAUACUAAAGCAUGAAAUGCUACAGCAUGUAAAAAAUAAAUAUUUUUACCAGCCAGUAUUUCAUCUGCAUUCAGCUAUU